ACACCCGCCGCGGACAUCACACCUGUGCGGACGUAUCGACCCCCGCGCGCAGGACGGAGGGGCGGCGCGUGCACUCGGCGGCGGGAGAGGUGGAGGUGGAGCUGAGUGUCCAGUGAGGGGCGGCGCCACAGGACAGGAAACAUGCCCAAAACGUUGAACGUGCGCGUCACCACCAUGGACGCAGAGCUGGAGUUCGCCAUCCAGCCCAGCACCACAGGGAAGCAGCUCUUCGACCAGGUGGUGAGGACGGUGGGGCUGAGGGAGAUGUGGUUCUUCGGGCUGCAGUACCAGGACAGUAAAGGAUACAUCACCUGGCUCAAGCACAACAAGAAGGUGACACAGCAGGACGUGAAGAAGGAGAAUCCUCUGCAGUUUAAGUUCAGGGUGAAGUUCUUCCCUGAGGACGUGUCUGAGGAGCUCAUCCAGGAGAUCACCCAGAGACUCUUCUUCCUCCAGGUGAAGGAGGCGAUCCUGAACGACGAGAGUUACUGUCCCCCGGAGACGGCAGUGCUCCUCGCCUCCUACGCCGUCCAGGCCAAGUACGCAGACUACAACCGCGACGCACACCGAGCGGGCUACCUCGCCUCAGAGCGGCUACUCCCGCAGAGGGUCCUGGAGCAGCACAAACUCACCAAGGAGCAGUGGGAGGAAAGAAUCCAGAAGUGGCACAUGGAACACACCGGACUACUGCGGGAGGACGCCAUGAUGGAGUACCUGAAGAUCGCUCAGGACCUGGAGAUGUACGGAGUGAACUACUUCCAGAUCAAGAACAAGAAAGGAACCGAACUUUGGUUAGGAGUGGACGCCCUGGGCCUCAACAUCUACGAGCACGCAGACAAGUUGUCUCCAAAGAUCGGUUUUCCCUGGAGUGAGAUCAGGAACAUUUCUUUCACCGACAAGAAGUUUGUCAUAAAACCCAUCGACAAGAAAGCUCCAAACUUUGAGUUCUUCGCGCCGCGGCUGAGGAUCAACAAGCGCAUCCUGCUGCUGUGCAUGGGCAACCACGAGCUCUACAUGAGGAGGAGGAAACCAGACACCAUCGAGGUCCAGCAGAUGAAGGCCCAGGCCCGAGAGGAGAGACAACACAAGCAGAUGGAGAAGGCGCUGCUGGAGAGUGAGAAGCGGCGGCGGGAGCAGGCGGAGAGAGACCGGGAGAGGAUGGAGAGGGAGAAGAGAGAGCUGAUGGAGAGACUGAGGCAGAUCGAGGAGCAGACGCACAAAGCUCAGAAAGAGCUGGAGGAGCAGACCCGUCGGGCUCUGGAGUUGGAGCAGGAGAGGAGUCGGGCGGCAGAAGAGGCUCAGCGGUUGGACAGGGAGCGUCAGGCGGCGGAGGAGGCCAAGGCGGCGCUGGCGCAACAGGCCGCCGACCAGAAGAAGACGCAGGAGCAGCUGGCGGCGGAGCUGGCCGAGUUCACGGCGAAGAUCGCUCUUCUGGAGGAGGCCAAGAGGAAGAAGGAGGACGAGGCGUCAGAGUGGCAGCACAAGGCCCUGUCGGCUCAGGAGGAUCUGGAGAAGACUCGUGAGGAGCUGAAGGCGGCCGUGGCUCCUCCGGCCCCGGAGCCGACUGAAGAGCCGAGCGAGGAGCCACCGAGCGCCGGCAGAGACGGGCACAGGGAGCAGCGCCGCCGCCGGAGGGAGCUACAGGCUCUGAGCUCAGACCUGGAGGCGGCGCGGGAUCCGUCCAAACGCACCCACAACGACCUGCUCCACGCCGAGAACGUGCGCGCCGGACGAGACAAGUACAAGACGCUCAGGCAGAUCCGCCAGGGCAACACCAAGCAAAGGGUGGACGAGUUCGAGUCCAUGUGACCCUCACCCUCUCCCCCGUCUCCUUCUCUAAACGUCUCCUGUUGCCUGAAGUCUCCUCCGCUCACUGACUCAGCACUAAUGCAAAAACAAGUCAUGACUGGGCUCCAUUUUGUAUUCUCCUGGCUUCAGACUGUCCCUGUUCAGAUUUUUUGUACAUAAUGAAAGUUAUUGUUGUAUGAUUUUGUUGUUUUCUAGAAAACUGUUCUGCAGAAAUCUGUGGUUCCUCCGUCGUCGAACCGCAGCUGCACUUAAGAAAUCACAAACAAAGACUUUGUUAUUAUUCA